AUGCUUAUUCCAAACAACUUCACCCCAAUCCGAGCCUGUAUCUUUGAUAUGGAUGGCCUUCUCAUCGACUCCGAAGAUAUCUACACCAAGGCAAUCAACAUAAUCCUGCGCGAGAACGGCCGCCCCGAAAUGCCAUGGAGUAUCAAAGCGCAGCUCCAAGGCCGCCCCGGGCCUGCUGCAACCAAAAUCUUCAUGGACUGGGCGCAACUCCCGAUUCCUUAUGACCAGUAUAAAGUGCGCCUGGCGGAGCUGCACCGCGAAUACUUCCCUACCUGCGGGCCUCUCCCCGGUGUCCUAGAUAUGUUGGACACGCUAGCAGCGUCCUCUUCCGCUUCGGUGCCCCACGAGAAGAUGGAGAUGGCGUUGGCAACCUCGUCGGUGGGUGUCAAUGUUGAGUUGAAGACAGCUCAUAUGAAGCAUCUUUUUAAGCACUUUCCCGAAUCUCAGAGAAUUGUCGGCGAUGACCCACGAGUACCUCAGGGGAGAGGAAAGCCGGCGCCAGAUAUCUAUUUGCUAGCCUUGAGAUUAAUUAAUGAACGGAGAGCGAGUGAGGGAAAGGGUGAGAUUCGCCCCGAAGAAUGUCUGGUGUUUGAAGACUCGGUUCCGGGAGCGGAGUCGGGGAGAAGGGCGGGAAUGAAAGUCGUGUGGGUACCGCAUCCGGGGCUGUUGAAAGAGUACAAAGGAAAGGAGGAUUUGGUAUUGGCGGGAAGGAUGGGUGAGGCGAAUAGAGAUGAUGGACACGGGUUGGUUUUGGAUAAGGGGACGCCCGGGGAGAUUGGUGAUGGAGGUGGAGAGUUGAGGGACACGCUGGAGAAUUUUGAUUAUGCAAGAUAUGGAAUCUUGUUGAAUAAUUAG